ACAGCCUGCGCCCGCGCAGCCUACUGCAAGAAGCAUUUACAUCAGUUGCUUUCAGACCAUCUCGAAGGGUUGACGUGUUUUGUGUCCCAUUUACGAAAAUCGAAUUCUUACUACGCGAUCGCGUGUGUAUAUUUUUUUUAGUUUGUGUCUCCACUUUUCCAGGAGCUGUAAAGGUCCCAAAUAAAAGAAUAGUCGUCAAAAAAUGCGGGAAAGCCUUUCAUGACAGCCGGAAGUGAACACGCGAGCGGAAGUAAGAUGGCGCUCUCCAACAACUCCAUCGCGAAGACAUACAACCGUCUAUUCGUGGAGUUAGCUGAUCCUCGGACCAAUGACUGGUUCCUCAUCAAAAGCCCCAUCCCGGGGCUCACCAUAAUCGGCCUAUACCUGUAUUUUACGCUGAAAUGGGGCCCGCGGUACAUGGCCGACAAGAAGCCCGUCCAGAUGCAGAAGACGCUGGUGGUUUACAACUUCAUACAAGUCCUCGUCAGCUGCUGGUUAUUUUACGAGGGCCUCGACGCCGGUUGGUUGAGGACUUACAGUUGGAAAUGUCAACCAGUCGAUUUUUCCAAGUCACCUGAAGCUAUGAGGGUAGCGCGGGGAGUCUACAUAUACUUUUUGGCGAAAAUGUCCGAACUGCUCGACACUGUAUUCUUCGUGAUAAGAAAGAAAGACCGUCAGAUAACGUUCCUACAUUUAUACCACCACACAGUGAUGCCCAUGAUAUCAUGGGGUGCGACAAAGUACUACCCCGGAGGUCAUGGGACUUUGAUAGGAGUCAUAAACUCCUUCGUACAUAUAAUUAUGUACACGUAUUACAUGUUGGCUGCCAUGGGACCUCAGUACCAAAGAUUCUUGUUCUGGAAAAAGUACAUCACUACUUUGCAAAUGCUCCAGUUCUGCAUCACUUUUCUACAUUCUUCUCAACUUCUCUUCUACGAGUGCGGCUACCCGCGCUGGUCCGUCGUGUUCACUCUUCCCAAUUCAAUCUUCUUCUACUACCUCUUCUAUGACUUCUAUUAUAAGGCGUAUGGAAAAUCUGACAAUAAGAGAAAACAUUCGAUUAAAGAUAAAAAUGCUAACGUUAGCAUACAAAACGGCAAAGCAAAUGGUUUCAUAAGUAUGGAGAAGAAAAUUGAAUAAAUUCACCCUGAAAACU